CGGAGUUACUGCUGCAUCUGUGGGUAGAGGUGCGUGGUGUCUGUUUUUUCACCGAAACGGCAAAGUGGGGUGCGUAGAAAAUCGUGGGUUUCCAAGGAAGGGAGGGGGAGAAGAGACUCAAGCCGGUCCUGCAAGUGCUGGGAUACCGGGCGGUGUUUCGCACCCCCUCGGGGCGCUUCCUGAAGAGGCCUGGAGGCUGUCCCGCUGUAAUUGAGCCGUGGAAUUCAAUAGGGGAGCAUUUUAAAGGUCAUCACCUUCUGACUUGGAAAAGAUGGUCAACGUCUUGAAAGGAGUGCUGAUAGAAUGUGACCCAGCCAUGAAGCAGUUCCUGCUGUACUUGGAUGAAUCAAAUGCCCUAGGAAAGAAGUUCAUCAUUCAAGACAUUGAUGACACUCAUGUCUUCGUUAUAGCAGAGUUGGUUAAUGUCCUCCAGGAGCGAGUGGGUGAAUUAAUGGACCAAAAUGCCUUUUCUCUUACUCAGAAGUGAAAAUACUCAAUAUUGACCACUUAGGAAUCAUAAGUAACAAAUGUGAGAGACUGUCACCAUUCAGUGUCCUAUGUGACAGACUAAACUUAGUUGCUUAGAUGCAUGUUACAGGAAAACCUAUGAUGUCAUUUGUUCAGAAAAAAGCCCCUGAACAGAUUUUCCUCUUCUGUUUUUUUUUAGUACGUGUACCCUAGAAUGUAAAAAAAGAAAGAAAGAAAAGUUUUAAUGCUUAUCUGUGAUUUGCCUUUUAUUAUCCUACAUUAAAAUAUUAAUGUAAAUGGUUUUCCUACCUUUUUAAUACGUUAAGAAUAUGAUGG